UGUACGGCUGCACGAGAGAGGAGAGGGAGAGCAGAGAACACACAGGAGAGUAGAAGAAGAGAAGCCAAUUGGAAGGAGCUCUAAAGCCGGGGAGGAGAAGAAGAAGAAGUGGAUAUACUUGUCUCUUUUGUCCUUUCUCUCUCUCUCCGAAAAGCCACUUCGGCAUCAAGUGGCAGCCGAGCUCAACUUCACCUGGUGCCUCUUUAAGCCAUUUCACUCAUUGUACUCUAAGCAAUUUUGGCCACUUUUGGAGGGGUGUGUGCUGCAGCUGCUGGUGCUGGUGUUCAGUCACCCCCUGAGGGAAGGAUAGUACAGCAGAGGUUUCUGAUCUGCAGUGUGCCGCAGGAUGCCAGGAAGCAGGGAUGCAGCCGGGUCAGGAGGCUGCGGGGCGAUGAUGGUGUGGGGCGUCCUGGUGCUGGUGGCAGGAUGGGGGUCCGUGGAGGCCUGCCCGACCCCCUGCAGCUGCCUGGGGAACACGGUGGACUGCCACGGCCUGGGGAUCCACUCCAUACCCAGAAACAUCCCCAGAGGCACCGAGAGGCUGGAUCUGAACGGGAACAACCUGACAGCGAUCACCAAGGCAGACUUCUCUGGUCUCAAACACCUCAGAGUCCUUCAUCUGAUGGAGAACCAGAUCAGCAACGUGGAGAGAGGAGCUUUUGAUGAGCUGAAGGAGCUGGAGAGACUUCGCCUCAAUAAGAACCAUCUCAGCCAAUUUCCAGAGCUGCUGUUUCAGAAGAACGAACUCCUCUCUCGACUGGAUUUGAGUGAAAAUGCCAUCCAGGCCAUCCCAAGGAGAGCCUUCAGAGGAGCCACGGUCCUCAAAAACCUUCAGCUGGAUAAAAACCACAUCAGCUGCAUCGAGGAGGGAGCGUUCAGAGCUCUGAGGUCUCUGGAAGUACUGACGCUGAACAACAACAACAUCAGUUCUAUUCCAGUCUCCAGUUUCAACCACAUGCCGAAGCUCCGCACCUUUCGUCUGCACUCUAACUCUCUCCGAUGUGACUGUCACCUGGCCUGGUUGUCUCCUUGGCUGAGGCAGCGAGCGUCUUUAGGACUUUACACUCAGUGCAGCGCCCCCCCCACUCUGAGGGGCCUGAACCUGGCCGAGUUGAGAAAGAGCGACUUCGCCUGCUCAGGAAAUGGCGGCAGUGCGUUCGUGCAGCCGUGCAGCCUGGCGUCGGGCUCGUGUCCUCCGAUGUGUUCCUGCAGCAACAACAUCGUGGACUGUCGAGGGCGGGGCCUCACCGCCAUCCCAGCUCACCUUCCUGAGGCCAUGACCGAGAUACGUUUGGAGCAGAAUGGCAUCAAGUCGGUUCCUCCGGGCGCCUUCACCUCCUACAAGAAGCUUCGUCGGAUAGACCUGAGUAACAACCAGAUAUCUGAGAUUGCUCCUGAUGCUUUCCACGGCCUCCGAGCUCUCAACUCCCUGGUGCUGUAUGGUAAUAAGAUCACGGAGCUUCCCAGCGGAGUGUUUGAUGGCCUUUCCUCUGUGGAGCUGCUGCUGCUGAAUGCCAAUAAGAUCCACUGCAUCAGAGCGUCCGUGUUCAAAGAUCUGGAGAAUCUGGCUCUGCUGUCGCUUUAUGACAACAAGAUCCAGAGUCUGGCUAAAGGAACCUUCAGCUCCCUGCACAGCAUCCAGACACUCCACCUGGCCCAGAACCCCUUCGUGUGUGACUGUAAUGUGAAGUGGCUCGCCGACUUCCUGCGCUCCAACCCCAUCGAGACGAGCGGAGCACGCUGCGCAAGCCCCCGCCGCCUCGCCAACAAACGCAUCGCCCAGAUCAAGAGCAGCAAGUUCCGCUGCUCCGCCAAGGAGCAGUACCACAUCCCAGGUACUGAGGACAGGCAUCUCAGCUAUGAGUGUAACAGUAAGCCGGUGUGUCCCGCUAAGUGUCGCUGUGAGGCCAACGUGGUCGACUGCUCCAACCUUCGCCUCACCAAGUUCCCCGAACACCUGCCCUCCUCCACCGAAGAGCUGCGUCUAAACAACAACGACCUCUCGGUGCUCGAGGCCACCCGAGCCUUCAAGGGUCUGUCGCAGCUCAAGAAAAUUAACCUGAGCAACAACAAGAUCUCAGAGAUCGAGGACGGAGCGUUCGACGGCGCCUCGUCGGUGGUGGAGCUCCACCUGACGGCCAAUCACCUGGAGUCAGUGAGAGGGAGCAUGUUCAGAGGCAUGGAGGGACUGCGCAUGCUGAUGCUGAGGAACAACAAGAUCAGCUGUAUCCAUAACGGCAGCUUCACCGGUCUGGGUAACGUCCGUCUGCUCUCGCUCUACGACAACCAGCUGAGCACCAUCCUGCCCGGAGCCUUCGACACGCUGCCCAACCUGUCCACUCUGAAUCUUCUGGCCAACCCUUUUAACUGUGACUGCCGUCUGUCCUGGUUCGGAGCGUGGCUUCGGAGCCGGCGGAUCGUGACGGGGAAUCCUCGCUGCCAGAGCCCCGCCUUCCUUAGAGAAAUCCCCCUGCAGGACGUAGCUGUUCCUGACUUCCGCUGCAGAGACGGUUCAGUUCUGGAUGAUAUCAGCUGCUCCCCCGGCCCUCAGUGUCCCUCUCACUGCACCUGCAUGGACACGGUGGUCCGCUGCAGCAACAAACACCUGCUGGCUCUGCCCAGAGGCCUCCCCCGCAACGUCACCGAGCUGUAUCUGGAUGGUAACCAGUUCACCAGUGUUCCUACGGAGUUAGCCACGUUCAAAUUCCUGCAGCUCGUAGAUCUGAGCAACAAUAAAAUCAGCUCCCUGUCAGAUGACUCCUUUUCCAACAUGAGCCAGCUCACCACUCUGAUCCUCAGUUAUAAUUCUCUGCACUGCAUCCCUCCUCUGGCCCUGGGAGGCCUGCGCUCUCUGAGACUGCUCUCUCUCCAUGGCAACGACAUCUCAGAGCUGCAGCAGGGCAUCUUCAGCGACGUGGCCUCCCUGUCUCACCUAGCUAUUGGAGCGAACCCUCUGUACUGUGACUGCCGUCUGCUCUGGCUGUCCGACUGGGUGAAGAGCGGCUACAAAGAGCCGGGGAUCGCUCGCUGUGCGGGGCCUGGAGGGAUGGAGGGGAAGCUGCUGCUCACCACGCCCGCCGACAAGUUCCAGUGUCUGGGUCCGGUAGAGGCGUCUGUUCGGGCCAAAUGCAGCCCAUGUGUGUCUACUCCCUGCCAGAACCAGGGUGUGUGUCAAGUCAACGAAACUGAGCUGUACACUUGCACCUGCAAAUCUGGCUUCACGGGUAAACACUGUGAGACCCCGGUGGAUGCGUGUGUCAGUAACCCCUGCACCAACGCAGGACUCUGCAUUAGUGACGAACAGACCCGAGGCUUCAGCUGUGCAUGUGCCUUCGGUUUCCAUGGCACGUUCUGCGAGGUGAACGUGGACGACUGCGAGGACCACGGUUGCGAGAGCGACGCCACCUGUGUGGACGGAGUCGGAAACUACACCUGCGUCUGUCCGCCAAACUACACCGGUCUGUUUUGUGAAGAACUAGAGGACGUUUGUUCUCCAGGUAGAAACCCCUGUCAGCAUCAGUCCACCUGCAUCAGCACUCUGACCGGCACCAGGUGUGUGUGUAUUCCAGGCUGGGUGGGGCCAAACUGCAGUAUAGAUUAUAAUGAGUGUGUGGACCAUCGCUGUCAGAACGGCGCUCAGUGUGUGGACCAUCUGGACGGAUACAGCUGCGUCUGCCCGCAGGGAUUCAGCGGAGAGUUUUGUGAGGCGGCGGCUCUCCCCCCCCCGCCGCUCUGCCAGCUGUCGGCGUGUCAGAACGGCGCCCCCUGUGUGCAGGAGGCGGGCGUCGCGGUGUGCGAGUGUCUGCCGGGCUUCGAGGGGGAUCGCUGCCAGAAACUGGUCAGCGUGAACUUCGUGGAUCGAGAUUCAUACGUUCAGCUGCAGGACGUCAAGAACUGGCCUCAAGCCAACAUCACGCUGCAGGUCUCAACAGCAGAGGAUAACGGUAUCUUGCUCUACAACGGAGACAACGAGCCAAUCGCUGUGGAGCUCCAUCAGGGUCACGUCAGAGUCACAUAUGACCCGGGAAAUCAGCCUGCCACCACUAUCUACAGCACUGAGACGGUGAAUGACGGUCUGUUUCACACGGUGGAGCUGGUGACCUUUAACCGGAUGUUGAACCUGUCGGUGGACGGAGGCGAGCCGACGACCCUCGACAGCCAGGAGGGCCGGAGCCAGCGGGGGGCCGGGGACGCCCCUCUGUACGUGGGAGGAAUGCCUGAGGCGGUGCUGGACUCCUCUCACCGUCUCUCCUCUCAGACGCUGAACACCUCCAGCUUCCACGGCUGCAUCAGGAAUCUGUACAUCAACCACGAGCUGCAGGACUUCACCCGCAGCCGCAUGAACCCUGGAGUGGAGCCGGGCUGCCAGCCGUGCCGGAAACUCUUCUGUCUGCACGGCGUCUGCCAGCCCCACGCAGAGCAGGGUCCCCAGUGUCACUGCCAGCCAGGCUGGACGGGACCACUCUGUGAUCAGCCAAUCACAGCGGACCUUACUGCAGCGGAGACUGUCACCAUGGCAACCGGUGUCAACCCGUGUGAAGGCAGCAAGUGUGUCAAGGGUGUGUGUGUGGCGGUGGACGCUCAGACGUACCGCUGUGACUGUGAGGAGGGAUUCACGGGAGAGAGCUGUGAUAUCGAGACCCCGUGUCGUGGGGAGCCGGUUCGAGACGUCCACCGGCUGCAGCGAGGUCUCGUCCUCUGCCAGACCUCCAAGCCUUUCUCCUGGGUCGAUUGUCGGGGUCGCUGCCAGGCCGGCUCCAUGACCGCCGCCCACUCCUGCUGCGCCCCUCUGAGGCUCCGGCGCCGCAGGUUGACCUUCGAGUGCGACGACGGCACCUCGUUUACGCAGGACGUGGAGAAGCCUGUGGAGUGUGGCUGCAAGGAGUGUGUGUAGUGGAUGUAACAACACACACACUCACUCACAAGCUGAAGAGGUACACACACUGUAGGGAUUCGAUCACUGAUAAACGGACAUGUUGGUGUUUGUUUCGUGUGUUUUUAUCGCGCAGUUUUGUAACAUAAGACAGUUCUUCUUCCCUCUUCUCGAAUUCAACGAGGCCACCUCAUCUUCCUCCAGGAGAACCUGCUCUAACUACCUAACUCCUGAUCAUCGUUACUUAAUACUCGUGUGUGUGAAAGCUCAACUUCUAUACAUGUGUGUGUGAAAGCUCAACUUCUAUACGUGUGUGUGUGAAAGCUCAACUUCUAUACUUGUGUGUGAAAGCUCAACUUCAAUAUGUGUGUGUGAAAGCUCAACUUCUAUACGUGUGUGUGUGAAAGCUCAACUUCUAUACGUGUGUGUGUGAAAGCUCAACUUCUAUACUUGUGUGUGUGUGAAAGCUCAACUUCUAUACUUGUGUGUGAAAGCUCAACUUCUAUACUUGUGUGUGAAAGCUCAACUUCUAUACUUGUGUGUGUGAAAGCUCAACUUCUAUACUUGUGUGUGAAAGCUCAACUUCUAUACUUGUGUGUGUGAAAGCUCAACUUCUAUACUUGUGUGUGAAAGCUCAACUUCUAUACUUGUGUGUGAAAGCUCAACUUCUAUACUUGUGUGUGUGUGAAAGCUCAACUUCUAUACGUGUGUGUGUGAAAGC